CGCAGUGAGUGAAGCAAAAAGGCGCUUUAUAAAAGGAUGGUGCUCAAAUUUCGUGGACUUUGAAUAAGAAAUCAAUCCCAAAAAUCAUAAUAUGAAGAAUAAGUUGAAAAAUGUUCCGUUAAUUGCGCGAUCAUUCUAACGAAUACGCUGUGUUUAUAAAUAUGUCGGUAAAAGUUAUGGCGUCCGACAGAAAAUGUGAUCCAGUUAUUUCAAAAUUAAUAACAUCUUUAAAAGAAACGGAAAGUUUAACUGACGAACAAGAUCUUGGAUUUCUACAAAACUUACUACAAUCCAAAGAACUGAACGCACUUGUCAAUGUACAUAGUAAGGUGGCCAAAAUCAACAAGGACGAUCGCCUUGCCCCCCUUCUAUCUGCCUCAAUGCAGGUUCUCUUGGAAAUUUUAGAGCUGCUCGCACCAAGAUGCCACGUUUCUCCGCUUUGCAAAGAGAUCUUCCACUUACUUCAGACGCCACACUUACAGAGUCUUCUCUUUGCACAUGAUUCAAUCGCUCAAAAAGAUUUUUAUCCUCACUUGCCGGAUAUUCCAAUUGAGGUGGACGAAGACGAAGAAACUAUAAAAAUCGUACAAUUGGUGAAAAGCAAUGAACCAUUGUGUGCUGGAGCACAAAGUGCCGAACCGAUCGUUGGUGCCACAAUUAAAACAGACGAGGAUACUGGUAAAAUCAUUAUCGCUCGUAUCAUGCACGGUGGUGCAGCAGAUCGUUCCGGGUUGAUUCACGUUGGAGACGAGGUUAUCGAGGUGAACAACAUAAACGUGGAGGGUAAAACACCUAGUGACGUCUUAUCUAUUUUGCAAAAUUCAGAAGGUACAAUUACCUUUAAGUUGGUUCCAUCUGAUGGAAAAUUAGAUCAACGUGAAAGUAAAGUUCGCGUGAAGGCAUACUUCAACUACGAGCCAGAAAACGAUCCCUACAUCCCUUGCAAAGAAGCUGGCCUAGGAUUUCAGCGAGGCGAUAUUCUGCACAUUGUUUCGCAGGACGAUUCGUACUGGUGGCAAGCUCGAAAAGAAGGAGAUAAGACAACGCGAGCCGGAUUGAUACCAAGCCGUGCGUUACAAGAGCGUCGCAUACUGCACGAAAGAUCCCAGAAGGAAUCAACCGGAGAUGCCAAAAAAGGUUCAUGUGCCUCCAUCUGCUCAACUCCACCUGGUUCACCUAAUCCGAAUAAUACCUGUGGUGGACCGAAAACUAAAAAGAUUAUGUAUGAUAUAGCGGAAAAUGAUGACUUCGAUCGGGAGAUGAUCGCCACGUACGAAGAGGUGGCGAAGCUGUAUCCCCGCCUCGGUAUUUUUAGACCGAUUGUUCUUAUCGGAGCUCCAGGCGUGGGAAGAAACGAACUAAAACGCCGACUCGUUGCAAGAGAUCCCGAGAAAUAUAAAAGCCCUGUGCCGUAUACCACCCGUCCAAUACGUCCUGGUGAAGUAGCUGGGCGAGAGUAUCUGUUUGUAACACGCACAAAGAUGGAAGCAGACAUUGCCACUGGGAAAUUCAUCGAACACGGCGAAUACAAAGGACAUCUGUACGGAACUGCUGCAGAAAGUGUCAAGAGCAUCAUCAAUGCAGGAUGCGUUUGUGUUAUUGGACCGCACUAUCAGGCACUGAAGUCACUGCGGACCGCACAACUGAAGCCGUACAUUAUACAUAUAAGGACGCCAACAUUUGAUGAACUUAAACAAUCUCGCACGAAAGCCCGGGCGCGCUCAACAUUUGACGAAACUAACUCAAGAGGAUUCACGGAUGAAGAAUUUUUGGAAAUGGUCAAAUCUGAUGAACGAAUAAACCUCCUUUACGGCCAUUUCUGUGACGAUGAAAUAGUAAACGAAGAUCUGACGGAAGCAUUCGAAAAGUUGGUCAGCCUUGCAAACAAGAGUGAAUCUGAACCCCUCUGGGCGCCGGCCAGCUGGGUGCAGUAGAAACGGUCUGCUGAAAGCGAACCCAAAUGUAAUAAUUAUUCAAGAAUGUUACAUUUGAACUGUAGCGAUCGGUUGUCACUUUUAGGAAAGGUUUUGAUAGGUACACACGGCUAAA